ACACGUACGAAAUGGCAAAGGACGCCUACAUUUCUAGCCGAAUUUACAGAUAUCUAAGGCCACUGUACUUUGUGUGUAAAAUAUGUGGACUGCUACCUUGGUACUUACAAGAAGACUGCAUCAAGAGAGACAGAGUUUCUGUUCAUCGUAUUUUUAAUAUUGCGUACUGCAUGUUAUGGGUCAUUGUGUUUAUUCUGGGAUUAAGUGUCAGAAUACUGAAUCAGUCAUAUCAAAAUAGGAGCAAAUUAGCUCUGAAGAUACAGAUUUUUUACAAAAUGCAUUUCAUUUCUCAGUAUAUUACCAGCAUCGUAUGUUCCUUUCACUUAGUAAUAAUCAGCAACAUGAAGUUUAUUCGGCUACUUGAGAAACUUUCACAGGUGGAUUAUAAAAUAUUUUCUCCAGACGAAGAACAGCGUGUCAACAGGAAAACGAGUAUAAUCGUGAUAUCGGAGCUAGUAAUUAUAUUACUGCUGAUUCUAUCGUAUGAAACAUACAAUUCUAGUGUUCAUCCAAAUUGGGACGUGAUUAUCCUUAUAUCAGUGAUUACUAACAUUGCUGCGUUCAUCACUAACACUCUCACUAUACUUCUGUUUACAUCUUUCGUCGUCAUGGUGACGCGGAGACACGGCCAUCUUAACAAACUUCUUCAAAAUGUCUUCCGCGGCCAUAACCACGUAAACAGACUGGGCUACUGUGGGCACGUUCAACGUGUUUCUAAAUGCAACGCAACGGUACCACACGUCCAUUCAACAGGCUUUAAAAGAAUUAAUUACGUAUCGACAAGCCAAGACAUACGUUCUAUUAGGAUCCUGUAUAACGAACUGUAUGACAUGGUUAGUGUUAUAAACUUUCAAUAUGGAUUUCCGAUUCUUGUGAUGGCAUGUUGGGUUUUGAUAGAACUCGUUCUUACCGUGUAUAGUUUUCUGUGUUGUUUCACUAUAAAUACCUUAAAAGUAGCUUUUUAUUAUAUCAUCUUCUUCUUCUUGUUUGUAAAAAUGGCUACUGUAUGUCAAUUUGCUGAAAACGAGAGACAAACUUCUAUAAAUCUCGUUCAUAAACUACUAUUAGAGGACAAUAUAGAUGAGAUAGAUUGUAAGGAACUGGGACUGUUAGCUUCUCAGUUGAGGGAUAUGAAGAUUAAGUACACGGCUUGUGGAUUCUUUACAUUGAAUCUGCCAUAUCUGUGUAGUGUGACCAGCCUGACAGUAUCAUACAUCAUAAUUAUGAUUCAAUUACAAUUAGUCUGA